AUGUUCACCCUGUCGCAACUUACCAAGGGUUCAUCUGUGGCUUCGACCUCGCAACCACCACAACCGUCCACAUCAGCACAGUUACCCCAGUCUAUACCCGCUCGUAGCGAAGAAAACACCAGAACUUCAAGCCACAGGGGUUCAACUCGGCCUGAAUUUGACUUCACUUGGUCCGAGCCAGAAAUGCGAACAGAGGUGACACAUCAGACCGAACCGCAUCCCCGUGUAUAUAUCUCCAGAUGCAGUAGACAUGAAUUACAACAAGGAGAACAUCGCAUAAAUCCAGCAGCUUGGGUCACUCAGCAAAUGGAGCAGCAACCCAGACGUACGGAGCGAAAUGUGAUGCCAGAGCCACAGCAUCCACAGCAGCAGCCAGAAAUUCUACCAAAUCUGACAUGGUGGCAACCGCCAAAAACUACCGUGGUAAAGGAGGAACCGAAGAAGGAGGAGAAGGAGCAACCCGGAUGUGCGAAUGUGAAGCCGAGACAGCUAGCUCCAUGGCAGAUCAAGCUGAUCACCGAGUUCCAGCAGAAUUGGGAAGCAUCGCUGAAGGCACAAGCAGAAGCAGAAGCAGCCGCCAAGAAUUCUCAGGAGUCCAAAUCUGCCAAAGAUUUGCCCACCCACAGUGAGUCGGCACCUCAAGUUUCCCAGCCGCAGAUCACAAGCGAACCGAAGCGCAGAUCACCUUAUGGUUGGCAGCACGGCGCCGGUUGGCACACAAAUGCCCCGCAUCAGGAGCAGGAACCCAUACAGUCGAUGGAAUUGCAGCAGAGAGGUCCCAACGAGGAGGUCCAGAAGAUAUUUUUCCGCUGGCAACCGAAUGUUCGCAAUAAGAUCAAGCCGCAAAUGAACAGUGAUGGACACUUGAGCAUACCCACCCAGCUUCCCGGGGAUCACCCGAACAACUGGCGCCCCAGCACGCCCGUCGACGCCCAGCAGAAUAUUCCGGUUCAGGAAUCGUGGCUUCCCGAUUCGCCCAAUGAGAUGCAAGAGGAGUUCCCGACCGAGUGGCAACCGGCAGGAUCGAACGACUGGCACCAGGAUGGACCGGACGAGUUUCAGCAGAUCCAGCAGGCUCAGGUCGAGAUGCAGAUGACAGAUGCGAACGACUGGCAGCCGAAGGGAGACAGUGCGAUGCAUCAGAAUGCAUUCAGUGGAUGGCUUCAGGAUGGCCCAGAUGGACUUCAGCUGAAGGAGAUCAAGGAAUUUGUUCCUAAAAGUGCACGCAAUGAGUCGGCUGUCGCUAGCGAGUACCGUUACGAAGAGCAGGUUGAGCAGGAAUGUUACCAAGAACAGGUUGAGCAGCGUUAUCAGAAGCAGGUUGAGCAAGUUUACCAAGAGCAGGUUGAGCAAGUUUACCAGGAGCCGGCUGAGCAAGGUUACCCGGAGCAGGUUGAGCACGGUUACCAGGAGCAGGUUGAGCAAGUUUACCAAGAGCAGGUUGAGCAAGGCUACCAGGAACAGGUUGAGCAAGGCUACCAAGAGCACGUUGAGCAAGGCUAUCAAGAACAGGUUGAGCAAGGCUACCAGGAGCAGCAGCAGUGGGUGCCAUUCGAGCCAGCCCCUUCUCCAACGCACCAAUAUUUGACCGAACAGCUACCGGAUGAAUUUAGCCCAUGGUACCGAGAGUUCAUUUGGCCCCACGCGCUAUAUCAUGUGGAUGCCUUUCAAGAACUGGACGAUCUUGCUUGGGCCAUAGGCCAACCGUCUACAUGGAAGCACGGGACCACAUGGUGGCAACCGAAGGAGACGAACACCUUCUUCCAGACUCACGGCAGACGACCCACUUGGUUGGAAAAGAUGCGCAUGCCAUGGACCCAAGCACCGUUACCCAUGCUUACCGAGAAGGAAUGGCCCAAACUGCUGAUAAAGGAGCCGAGAAGAUCGUUGUGGCCGGAUUUGACUGACCCGAGAUGGUUGCCGCCUUUUGGGGUUCCCAUUCUUCUCUUGCAUUUGCUUCACUGUGGAGAUGUAAGUAACACUCUCUGA